UUCAUCCUCAUCUGUGACUUAAGAGAACCAGUGAUAGCAAUCAGAAGAAAAUCAUGAGAAUCAUCAGAAACAUUUAUAUUUUGUAUAGUAUUGAUCUGUCUGUACUUUGUGGGGCUCUGCUACUACCUGAAAUGAAUGAAUUAACUACCAACUGUUCUCAGGAAUAUUUUAAAAAGGUUCUGAUGGGCACACCACUAAAAAUCACCACAAUGGAUUUAUCAAACAAAUUCACAUGUCAGCCUCAGAACUUGGACCUUAGUCCUUUCUCUAAGCUCAAAGUCUUAAUUCUCUCUCAUAACAAAAUCCAACAUCUGGAUAUCAGCAUCUUCCAAUUUAACAAGGAAUUGGAAUACUUAGACUUAUCUUACAAUAGUCUGAGGAAUAUUUCUUGUUAUCCACUUCUGGGCCUCAAACAUUUAGAUCUUUCAUUUAAUGAUUUCAACAACAUUCCCAUCUGUCAGGAGUUUGGCAGCAUGUCACAACUGGAAUUUUUAGGACUGAGUGGGGCGCAGAUACAAAAAUCACAUCUGCAGAAAGUUGCUCAUUUGCAGCUAAACACUGUCUUCCUGGGCUUAAAGCAUCUUUCUUACUAUGAAGAAGGUAGCUUAUCCCUUUUAAACACUGAAAGACUUCAUAUAGUCUUUCCAGAGGAUGCUGAUUACAGGUUUAUUUUGCGUGAUGGAAUCUACACUUCCAAAAUCUUGGAAAUGACAAAUAUCAGGUUGAACCAAUUUGCCAACCACGACAAUCAGAAGAAUCCUCUUUUGGAGAAACCAAAGGGUUCCAAAACGUCUCGUCUGUUACUCAGUAAUGUCCAUGGACCCUGGCAGGAAUUCCUCCAAACAUUGCAGUUUGUUUGGCACUCGUCAAUUCAACAAUUACAAAUACAAAAUUUUACCCUUGGUGCCCAAAGUGAAUUUGAAACUGAAACAUUUGACUACUCUAAUACUUCAAUGAAAGCCAUAAAGGUAGAGCAUGUGGGCAUUAAGACAUAUUCCUUUCCACAGAAUAUAAUCUACUUGUUCUUUACCCAAAUGGACAUUGAAAACUUGACAAUAUCAGGUGCAGCGAUGCCACAUAUAAUUUUUCCUGAUUAUCCCACCAAAUUUCAGCACUUGAAUUUUGCCAACAAUGCUUUGACAGAUGAAUUAUUCAGCAAAACUUUUCAACUGCCACAUUUGAAGACUCUUGUUUUACAAAGGAAUAAAUUAGAGACACUCUCCACAGUGAGUUCCUUUGCUAUCAAAACAUCCUUGAUACACUUAGAUCUAAGCCAGAAUCUACUACAGCACACUGAUGGAAACCAUUGCCACUGGCCAGAAACCCUUACUACCAUGAACUUGUCAUCCAAUAAAUUUAUUGACUCUAUUUUCAAAUGCAUACCAAAGAGCAUCCAAGUCCUUGAUCUGCAUAAUAAUGAUAUUAGAACCAUCCCCAGAGAAAUUGAGAAUCUGAAAGCAUUACAGGAGCUAAAUAUUGCAUCCAAUUCUCUAACUGAUCUUCCUGGGUGUGGUAAUUUCCAAAGGCUUUCUGUGCUGAAUAUUGAAAUGAAUUCCAUUAUUAGCCCAUCUCUUGAUUUCUUCCAGUCUUGUCUGGAAGUGCAGUCAUUAAAAGCAGGAUACAAUCCAUUCAGAUGUACCUGUGACUUAAGAAAUUUUAUCAACCUAGGGAAAAAAUCCCAGGGCUUGAUGAUUGGGUGGCCAGAUGCAUACACCUGUGAAUAUCCUCUAGAACUAAAGGGAAUUCAUCUGGAGAAUGUUGAUCUGCCAGUAUUAUCCUGUAAUACACCUCUAUUGAUUGCUGUCAUUCUGAUAAUGGGGUUACUUUGGACAGUUGUCAUAGCAAUUCUCUGCAUCCGCUUUGAUUUGCUUUGGUACUUGAGGAUGAUAAGUCAGUGGACACAGAACCGGCACCGAGUUAGGAAUGUGUCCAUAGAAGAACUCAAAAGAACAAUCCAAUUUCAUGCUUUUGUUUCAUACAGUGAAAUGGAUUCUCUCUGGGUAAAAAAUGAGCUGAUACCAAACAUAGAGAAAGAAGAUAGAUCUAUAUCAAUUUGUCUCCAUGAGAGACACUUUGUUCCUGGCAAGAGUAUCAUUGAAAAUAUUAUAAAUUGUAUUGAGAAAAGCUACAAAUCUAUAUUUGUUUUGUCCCCUAACUUUGUUCAGAGUGAGUGGUGCCAUUAUGAACUUUACUUUGCUCACCACAAAGUAUUUCAUGAAGGUUCUAAUAAUUUAAUUCUCAUAUUAUUGGAACCAAUUCCACAGUACAGCAUUCCUACCAAGUAUCAUAAGCUAAAAGCUCUCAUGGCACAAAGAACCUAUCUGGAAUGGCCCAAGGAGAAGAAUAAGCAUGGACUCUUCUGGGCUAACCUUAGGGCUGCCAUUAACAUUAAUUUGUCAGAAUCUGAAAAGAUGAACAACUCACAAACAAUUUUAGAGUUAAUGGAGGAAUCAUAAGCAUCUUCAUAAAAGAUAAAUAAUUGACACUGAAUUUCAUUUUUAUGCAUAUUCCUUUAAUCAGUCAUUGAGUAUUUAGUGAGCAGCUCAAUACUAAGUGCUCGAUAUACACAAAAGCAGUUUGUGCAUUUGCAAUGUUGUCCAGCAUGGCGGCACAUCUGUAAUCUCAGCUAGGGGGAAUCUGAAGUUGACAGAUCUCUUGGGCUUGGGAGUUCUAAGCUUGGCCAUGCUGAGUGGAUACCCACACUAAAAUCUGCGUUAAAUAUAGUGGUUGUGGAGGCUGGGGGAAGGAGAACAAACAAGACUAGGUAGGAAACAGAAAAGGUCAAGACUCCCACAUUGAUUGGUAUUGGAAUCUGGCUGUUGGCCUGAGGGAUUAUCAAUGACCAUUCCUCUUCCAUCCUGGGAGAUAUAUGGAGACCCAGUCUUCGAAAUAAUAAUAAUAAUUUUUAUUACUUUCAAUCUAAUUGGGAUAUAAAAAAAUAUAUGAAACAAUUAGAUGAUAAUUAAGUGUAAAACUGCAUGGUAUGGACUCUAUUGCAAUAGGACCACAGAUCUAGAAUAAGAAGUGACAAUCUCUUCAUUUUUUAAGUGAGGAAACUGAAGUCUGGAGGGGUUAAAUGACUUGUUCAAAUACUUAUUGAAUGGAAGGAUUGCUCCGGGCUAGAGUAAUGGAAGAAAACUUCAUGAAGGUGAUGAGAAUUCAAUAGCAGUCUUGAAGGAUGAACAAGCAGGACUUAAGUCUUUGACAUCAUGGACUGUUAUCUGAAAUUAACAGAGAUAGAAACUUGAUGCCUAAUAAGAAGAGACUAUAGGAUUUCUGUAAGUCACACUUUCCUGAAUGAUGAUGAUUACUUUUAUUAAUAAAUCAAUUUACAUGUCA